AUGAUGCUUCUGAUCAUGAUCAACUCUACACAGUUUUCAUAUUUCACCCUUGCUGCCUACUUUGACACUGGACUUUUUAAAUACUUAUAUUUCCUGGGUUAUCUGACCUUUUAUAUUCUAAUUGUUUGUGCCAACGUUUUGCUGAUUGCGGUGAUCUGCAUGAACAGAAGCCUACACGAACCUAUGUACCUGUUUCUGUGCAGCCUGUUUGUAAAUGAACUGUAUGGUAGCACAGGGUUGUUUCCAUUCCUUCUGCUUCAGAUCCUCUCCGACAUUCACACUGUUUCUACUUCACUUUGUUUCCUGCAGGUUUUCUGUUUGUACUCUUAUGGAGGUGUAGAAUUUCUGACCUUAGCCGUCAUGUCUUAUGACAGAUACCUCGCUAUAUGUUGUCCUCUACAGUAUAACACAUGUAUGACAUCUGACAAGAUUGCUAUGCUUACUGCUCUAAUAUGGUUCUACCCUUUUCUUAUCAAUACAUUCAUAGUUUCUUGUCUGACUGCCCCGUUACAGCUGUGUGGGAACAUUAUUGACAAAGUUUACUGUGACAACUAUUAUAUUGUCAAACUGGCCUGUUCUGACACCAGAGUGAAUAACAUCUUUGGACUUGUUCACAUGUUUACAGUUAUCUUUGGUCUUAUAAUGUUGAUUCUUUACACUUACACGAGGAUUCUCAAAGUUUGUUUUUCUGGUUCCAAGCAGACCAGACAAAAAGCCGUCAGUACCUGCACACCUCACCUUGCUUCUCUGCUCAACUUCUCUUGCGGGUGUUUCUUUGAAAUAGUACAGAGCAGAUUUGAUAUAAACGGUUUACCCAAUAUAUUGCGCAUUUUUUUGUCAUUAUACUGGCUGACAUGCCAGCCGCUCAUCAAUCCUUUACUGUACGGACUAAAAAUGUCCAAAAUACGCAUUGCAUACAAAAGUCUGCUCUUUAGGAAAAAAAUGUGA